AUGCCAAAUCUUGGUUAUGAGAUUGAAGAUUUCCAGCAUUACACGUGGCAAAUCACUGGUUGGAGAAAUUUGGACGCGAGGGUGAUAAGUCCUGAAUUUAUUGCUGGAGGUUGCAGAUGGCGUAUUUUGCUUUAUCCUUUUGGAGAUGAUAAUAUUGAUUAUGUAUCAAUUUACCUGAAUCCUGUAAAUCAUGGAGCACCUAAUGAUUGGCAUAUCUGUGCACAAUUUGCUUUGACCUUUUGGAAUCCUGAAGAUCCAACAAUAUAUCAUUCUUACA